ACGUAGGUCUCACGUGACCAAGAGCUGACGUGUGCAGAAGUCCUUCUUGUUCUGGUCGUUGUUCCCGUCUGAGUAUCAGCUCCCCAUUGCCCCGAAGGCCAGCGGGCCUGCAGCAGAGGAAAGGAGGAGAAGAAGGAGAUUGUCCCGGAUCCGUGCAGUCUUUCCGUAGGUUGCGGCACCACGCCAGGCUAGAGAAGAGGAAGGAAAUUAACCCCGAUUCGUGAAGGUCGAUUUGAGGGUCUGCUGUAGCAGGUGGCACCAGUUUAAACGAGGGAGGAAGUUUCCUCGGAUCAGUAGAGGUUGCAAGGGUUGUUGGGCGUGGCACACCUCCAGGGGAGGGAAGAAGGGGCAAACUGCUUGUCUGGAGGAGAGGACAACACAAGGAGAAGAGAAACUCCACCCCUAGGUCCACCUCCAGAAUCAGUUGUCGUGGCCUUGAAGUGGCUGAAGACGAUCAUCCUCCACAGGCCUGCAUCCAGGCCAGGCCCAUAGCCCUCCUCCCCCAGCCUGAGUGACUACUCUGUUCCUUGGUCCCUGAUACCAUCAGGGACGAUUGCAUGGGCUACGCCAGGAAAGUAGGCUGGGUGACUGCGGGACUGGUGAUUGGGGCUGGUGCCUGCUAUUGCAUUUAUAGACUGACCAGAGGAAGAAAACAGAACAAGGAGAAAAUGGCUGAGGGCGGGUCUGGGGAUGUGGAUGAUGUUGGCGAUUGUCCUGGGGCCAGGUACAAUGACUGGUCUGAUGAUGAUGAUGACAACAGUGAGAACAAAGGUAUAGUAUGGUACCCACCUUGGGCCCGGAUUGGGACUGAGGCUGGAACCAGAGCUAGGGCCAGGGCAAGGGCCAGGGCCACCCGGGCUCGUCGAGCUGUCCAGAAAAGGGCUUCCCCCAAUUCAGAUGAUACUAUUUUGUCCCCUCAAGAGCUGCAGAAAGUUCUUUGCUUGGUUGAGAUGUCUGAAAAGCCUUAUAUUCUUGAAGCAGCUUUAAUUGCUCUGGGUAACAAUGCUGCUUAUGCAUUUAACAGAGAUAUUAUUCGUGAUCUGGGUGGUCUCCCAAUUGUUGCAAAGAUCCUCAAUACUCGGGAUCCCAUAGUUAAGGAAAAGGCUUUAAUUGUCCUGAAUAACUUGAGUGUGAAUGCUGAAAAUCAGCGCAGGCUUAAGAUAUACAUGAAUCAAGUCUGUGAUGACACAAUCACUUCUCGAUUGAACUCAUCUGUGCAGCUGGCAGGACUAAGAUUGCUUACGAACAUGACUGUUACUAAUGAGUAUCAGCACAUGCUUGCUAAUUCCAUUUCAGACUUUUUCCGUUUAUUUUCAGCAGGAAAUGAAGAAACCAAAUUUCAGGUUUUGAAACUCCUUUUGAAUUUGGCUGAAAAUCCAGCCAUGACUCGAGAACUGCUCAGGGCCCAAGUACCAUCCUCGCUGGGUUCCCUCUUUAAUAAGAAGGAGAACAAAGAGGUGAUUCUUAAACUUCUGGUCAUAUUCGAGAACAUAAAUGACAAUUUUAAAUGGGAGGAAAAUGAAUCUACUCAGAAUCAAUUCAGCGAAGGUUCACUUUUCUUCUUUUUAAAAGAAUUUCAGGUGUGUGCUGAUAAGAUUCUGGGGCUAGAAAGUCAUCAUGAUUUUUUGGUAAAAGUGAAAGUUGGAAAAUUUGUGGCCAAACUGGCUGAGAAUAUGUUCCCAAAGAGCCAGGAAUAAGUUCUUGAUUUUGUAGUUUAGAAGCAACACAUGUUGUAAACUAUUCCUUUUCUCCACCUUGUCUAUAUGGUAAAGGAAUCCUUUCAGCUGCCGGUUUUGAGUAAUGAAUAUCAUAUUGUAUCGUCAAUGCUGAUAUUUAUCUGAGUUGGUCUGCAGGCCUAAGCUGGAUGAAUGAAUAUCACUACCUGUUCUGAAAACGUUUGUUGCUUUUUAUCUCACUGCCUAGAUUGAAAUAUUUUGACUAUUUCUUCUGCACAAGUGACAGUGAACCAAUUCCUCAUAAAUAAGCUCCCUCCUGUCAUUUGCAUUGACUGCAUUUGUGUAUCAUCAGUGAAGUUGUGUGUUAAUGCUGGAAAGAAAAAAAAAAAGAGAAACCAUACUUGUCUUUCGGUUUAUAAUCUAGUUGGAGAGAUAAGAAACAUACAAACAAAAAGAAAACAGAAUAUCUCAAGCAUAUACUCUUUGUUAAAUAUUUGCACUCAGACCACGAGAAAGCAAAGGUUUCUGCGGGAUACAGUAGUCAGCUACAGAUUUAUGGAAGAAGUGUUCAUUUAAAAUGAAUCCUCAGUGGGGUAGGUAGUUAGGGAGUUCCAUGUGAUGGGAGUCAAGGGGACUGGUGUGAGAAAUGCAUGGAGGUAGGAACUCUCUUGCUGUGACAGUGAGGAGACUAGUCUGUUUAGAGUGGAAAGUGUGACCAGAAGUAAAUAAAUUUGGAAAGUUGGCUGAAGCCAGUUUGUGGAGAACUGUUUGAAUAUUACCUCACUGAACACUGAGAGCCAGUAAAUAAUUUUGACUAGAAAGAAUAAUUGGAAUUCAUAUAGAAGUCCCUCUCUUACCUACUAUGCAGUGUCCAUGAUUGUAUGGCAAAAAUGGAGUCUUUCAAACCCUGGUGGUAGGAAUUCGCUUACACUGGCACGAGGUUUGCAGAGGGCCAUUUGGUAAUACAUAUCGUUAGCCUUAAAAUAUGUAAUCCCUUUGUCCUAAGGAAAUAAUUGAAUCAUUGGCCAAAGAUUGUAUGUGCAAGGCUGUUUAUCCCAGCACUGUGUGAAAUAGUAAAAAUUAAAAACAACUUAAACAAUUUAGCACACUGGAUUGGUUACAUAAAUUAAGGAAUAUUCACAUGGUGUAAGAUAAAUAUGUCAGUUGCAAUCCAUAUUGUCAGGGAAUGAUAUUCAUCAUGCACUGGUAAGUGAGAAAGGUAGGUUAGAUAGGAGUCUUCUUAGUAUGAUUCAAUUUUUCUGAGAAUAUAAGAUAUUUAAGUAGACACUAAAAACUCUGGAAUUACAGACAUCCAUAUAGUAACAGUGAUUGUCUUUUGGGUGGAAGGAUAGUGUAAUUUUUACCUUUUUACUUUUUAUUCAUCUGUGUGUUCUUAUUAACCUAAAACAAAUACUGAGUUUUCAAAAGUUUUUGAAAAAGGAAAGUGUUGGGAAUGGAGCAGGUGAUUGAUUGGAGCAUGAACUGAGUAGAAAAAGUAUUUACAUUAAACAUAAGAUGGGUUGAAGUUUUCUCUCUGAAAUAAUAGAUGAGUGCUAAAGAUGGGGCUCACUGUAAGAAUUAAAUGAAGUUAUAUAUGUGAAAUACUUAGAAUUUUCUGGCACAUAGCAAUUAAUUAAGAAAAAUGAGCACACUUAUUUCCCUAGAAUUCAGGGUCAAUAGUUGUUCUGGUUGACCUUUGUGUUGCUGGGGGCAUUUUGCCAAGUGUCAGCAUCAUUUAAUAAAUAAUAACAACAAUAAAGGUUAGCAUUUAUUAAGUGACUACUGUGUAGAGUGAUGUCAUUUCCUGCAAGGCAACUGUUAACCAUAGUUUCUUAAAGAAAUAGGCUUUUCUUUUUUCUAAGUACUCAAAAUGUUUUAUCAGACAUGAUCUCACCUGCCCUUACAGUGUAUUGUUGGUCAGUUUGAGGAUGUUAUCCUACUUUAUAUGUAAGUCCAGGAAAGGGUAAAAUCUCUGUUCAGUUAUGAUCUUGUUUUAGCUCCAGGCUUCCAUAUACUUACUCAGAUGUUGCCUAUAGUAGACAAAAGGAUCAAGGAUUGAUCAGCUUAAAGUUGUUGGGUAUGGUGACUAUUGAAUCAUGCACAUGUUGGAGCUCCUUUGACAUCAGUUUUAAGGGUGAAUGAGGGUAAAGGAAUUAAAAUUUUUUCUUGCUCUAUUAUUAGGCAGGAAACAAGGAUUUGGGAGGGAAAGCCUUAUCCAGUUAAAAUAAAUUGACUUUGAGAUACCUGUGUGACAUCUAGAUGGAUAUACCCUAAUGUCGUUUGAGUGUAUUGAUCUGGUGCUCAGAAAAGACCAGGCUGCAGACAGAUUUGGGGGCCACCAGAGAAGAAAUGAUAACUAAGGACAUGGGAGUGAAUGUGAUCCCCAGAGAGAAGGUGCAGAGUGUAAGAGUGGAAAGCAGCAGAAGGAACUGGAUACGGGAUUGUGGCAACUGGGGAAAGAAGCAUCGAAUUCCAACUGUGGAUACCCUUCCAGACACUAUCAAUAUACCUAUAUAGUCUGUACAUCAAAUUGGAUGAUACUGUAGGUAAAGUUUCAGAACCUGAUUUAAAUUUUUUCUACUUUUCUUCUAAAAAUUAUUCAUUGGAGAUACUUAAGAAAAUAGAGACAAUAAGAACAAACUUGUUCCCUCACCCAGAUCUGUAUUGUGAACAUCUAGAAAAUAUUCGGAUCAAGCCAUGUUGAACUGGGGUGCUGAGUGACUUUUUGACCUGGGGUGGCAAUGAGGUGAACUUGGGUAAUAAAAAGCCACCCUGUAGCAGGGGCACAGGCCUGACCAGUGUCCAUCUGCUCCGCAGGACUGUUUUCUCAUCCUCUCCUCCCUUCCCAUUCUGCUUCCCUUUCCCUCCCUCACACGUCUCUCUUUCUUCCCUCCUCUGAGAGACCAUUGAGAGUAGUCUUUUUGUGCUUCUGUGUCUUUUGGGGGUGAUCGUUUCAUUUCCAUGACACCAGGUCAUACACCAAUGGGCAUUUGAUACAGAAUGAUAAUUGUCGUUGCUGUGGUAACAAGGUGACCCUGGGUAUAUAUGGCUGGAUGCCAAGACUUUUCAGACCGUUGUCGAACAGAGACUGAGAAAGCACCGGUCUUAUUGUGGAACAGCCCUAUGUGCAUUGCAUGAAUCUUGAUGUCCCAUACUUGGUAUUAUUUGGAACUGAAUCACCCGGACUUUGGGAAGUGCUAUGUGAGACAGAUGUGUGACUGCCUGGUCCAGGGAAGACACAGGGCCGGCCCAGCCACGCUCUGGUGUCCUGAUGCUUUCACAUCAGAGGUUGCCACUCAAACAUUUUGGGAAGGGCACCCUUCUAGUAUAGUAGCCGUGAUUGUGGCAGCUUGUGGGGGCAGGGAGGAGCCAGUAUCCUUUCUUUAGAAAGGAUGACAGUUUCUUGGAAACUGAGGAAAUUAGAACUCAAGAAUAUUCUGCUAUUUUGUUUUUAUCUACUGAUUUUAGGAAUUUAAGUGGGUCUAUUCCAGUCAAGUGUGUUCCAAGGCGAUUUUACAAAGAUGGAGUAUAGUUCUCUUAUAAAUUGUCACCCAAAGCAUAAAAUUUAAGGCUCAGGAAACUGGUUUUCUAUUUUUAAAUUCAUAUUUUACUUGCCUUGUUUCAAAAGAGAUUCUAAGUGUAGAUUUAGCAAAUUGAUGUAGUUUAGGCAAAUUUUGUGUUUAUGCCUCUGUUUGGUUAAUUUCUCUGCUCUAUUCCCUUGAGAGUGGUUUUGCAAAGAAUGAUUAUGACUAUUUUCAAUGCUAACAUUUUACAUUCAUUUUUCAUCAUAUCCCAGACUGAAGCUUCUUUUCCCUGAUUUCUCCAUUCAAACUGUGGCUCUUCUUGCCUUUAAACCAGAACUAUCAUGCUGCCAUCUCCGGGUGCAGAAGACUAGGAUAUUGACCCCUGAGGUGUGGUAUCAAGCAGGAUAACACAUAUUUACUUUCAGAGAUGUGUAUCUCCAUGCUUUUCCCUCUCCACUGUGUCCUUCUCAGGCUUGUGUUAAGGGCUUGGGCAUUGUUGGGUUUGGGGAUAAGCCUGAGGGGAGGGAGAAGGGAGGGAGUGGGAAAGAAGCCUUGUUGGAGGGGUAGCUUCAUUCUAACAGGUUCGUGUCAAAGGAAUUUGAUCCAGCACUGACAGUGGGCUAAGUGUAACUCUUUGACCCUUGUUGACCAGUUACAUUUUAAAAGGUGCAAGAGUAAGUGUAUUACAAGCAUCUUUGGGUAUUAGAGCCUUCUUUGGGCAUUAGAGCAUUUCUAAGUUUGCACAUGGACAUAACAUGUUAUUAAAUUGGUUAGAUUUUCUUUUUUGAAAAUAAAAAAAGAAUGAGAGUCUGUUACUCUAAGAAAUGUAAUUACCAAGUAGAGCAGAUUUUUAGUGUUGGCUGCUCAGAACAUUCUGUCCCUAAGAUCGAUGUACAUCUGGAGCCACACAAUCAUCAGAAGGUUGUUUAUUUAGUGCUUAGGGAAUUGGGGCAAGCUGACUUAGCUAGAUGUUGGUGCUGUCAAAGUAGAAGAACCUGAUGCACCCACGUCAGCUAUGGGGGUUGACUUGUGUCUGAAAUCAAAUACUUGUAUUCAAGAGCUAGAGCAUGUUUCUGUCUGUACACAAUUAGAAACUUUGUCUGCCCAGAUGACCCUUAGCCAGAGGUGGAUUAUCAGUUGAUAGUAGUUUUGUGAUUGUUAAGAUGUAUUAUCAGUUAGUUUCCAUACAGGAUUUGAGAAAUGUAUAUUUUAUAACAGGAGAAAACUGUAGUAUUUGUAAUGCAUUCCCUCCUAUAUAUUGAUUAGUAUCUCCCUUUUCUGCACCUUUCUUAUGAGUAAUGAUAACGUGUUAUUGAUUUUUUGGAAACCAAGGUAAAACAAAUUGUUACCUCUUUAGUUUUUUUUCCCAUUUCUACUUCAGUUUUCUGUUUGCUGAAAUGUGGUUUAACUAUAACCUUGCUAAACUUUGUGGCUUUCUUUCAAUAAGCUGUAAUGAAAAUUCUGACAUAAUGAAAUGGAUCAAUAAAAGGAAACUUUUAAUUUUUA